AUGUUGACCUACCGUAACGAUGUCUUCAUCGCUGUCCUGGCCUUCUACGUUUGCACAGGUGUCUUGUCAAUUGUUCGACUCAUCCAACAUGGACUCAAAAAGGCAGCCAGCGAACGUCUGCUCUUCGUCUUCAGCAUCGGCAGAAUUCUUUGUGCUGGCUUCCAACUAGCAACCAUCGAUUAUCCUACCAACACAUCAAUUUGGGCCGAAUAUGUCACAACCUUCUCAAUCUGCGUCUCCCUCUUGCUAUCAGCAUCGCUCGUACUUCUUCGAAGACUUGCUCAACGUGCAGAAACCGACUUCCCUGUAGUUGCUGGUCGCGACUCGAUGAAGUUCUGUCAGAUUCUAGUUAUCAUUGGUCUUAUUCUGGGUAUUGCAGGCGGUAUCAGAGCAGACAACAGCUGGGCGUCAACCGGAUCCUAUCAGCCCGAUGCUCUCCAGAGAGCCAGCAUCAUCAUUUUCAUCGUCUCCUGGGCACUCGUGGUAUUCAUGACCAUCCACACACUCGGCAAAGCACAUGGCGCAUCUUGUCACACCCAAAAGAUUGCUGUUGGCGUGUUUGCAGUCAGUCUACCCUUAUUGGCCGUACGCAUUGCCUAUUCUGCUGUAUCAAUCUUCGCCCACCCCACAUCCUUCAGCUCAAUCAACGGCAGCGUCACCAUCAUGCUGUGCAUGGCAUUGAUUGAAGAGGCCAUUGUCGUCUUGAUGUACGAGGUACUUGGCUUCGUCACGCUCGAGAAGGAAAAGAGAGGCAAGUCAGUCAGCAGCGACUUUGAUCAGCUUUCUGCAAUUGAAACCGGAAUCUACGCUGGAAAGUGA